UGGCCCUCCACUAGUUUAUGACAAACGGGCUAGUUUGCGGACGAUGUCCGUAUCUUUUCUGCUCCUGACUUAGCCGACAUCAUAAGUUCAUAUUUUUGUUGUUCUUUUGUUUUUAAUGGUGAGCGUCAUGGACCCGUCAGCGCCGAAAAGUAAGCUGAAAAAGCUGAGUGAGGACAGUUUGACCAAACAGCCAGAGGAAGUGUUUGACGUUCUGGAGAAACUUGGCGAAGGCUCCUAUGGCAGCGUGUUUAAGGCCAUCCAUAAAGAGUCGGGGCAGGUGGUGGCCAUCAAGCAGGUUCCAGUGGAGUCCGAUCUACAGGAAAUCAUCAAGGAGAUCUCAAUCAUGCAGCAGUGUGAUAGCCCUUUUGUUGUAAAAUAUUAUGGAAGUUACUUCAAGAACACGGACCUGUGGAUCGUCAUGGAGUACUGUGGAGCUGGAUCUGUUUCAGACAUCAUCAGGCUGCGAAACAAAACUCUGACAGAAGAUGAGAUUGCCACUAUCCUAAGGUCAACUCUAAAGGGUCUGGAGUACCUUCAUUUUAUGAGAAAGAUCCAUCGUGACAUUAAGGCAGGAAACAUCCUUCUCAACACGGAGGGUCACGCCAAACUGGCUGACUUUGGAGUUGCAGGACAGUUGACGGACACCAUGGCGAAAAGAAACACUGUGAUUGGUACUCCAUUCUGGAUGGCUCCAGAAGUGAUCCAGGAGAUCGGCUACAACUGCGUAGCAGACAUCUGGUCUUUGGGCAUCACUUCUAUAGAAAUGGCAGAGGGGAAGCCUCCUUAUGCUGACAUCCACCCAAUGAGGGCUAUCUUCAUGAUCCCCACCAACCCUCCUCCUACGUUCAGGAAGUCGGAGCAUUGGACAAAAGAAUUCACAGACUUUGUCAAAAAGUGCUUGGUCAAAAACCCGGAGCAUAGAGCAACAGCAACAAAGCUUCUACAGCAUCCGUUCAUCAGCCAAGCCAAACCUGUGACGAUCCUCAGAGAUAUGAUAGCAGAGGCCAUGGAGAUGAAAGCCAAGAGGCAGCAGGAGCAGCAGAGAGAGCUGGAGGAGGAGGAUAACUCUGAGGAAGAGACAGAGGUGGACUCCCACACCAUGGUGAAGUCAGGCUCUGAAGGGGGUGGGACCAUGCGAGCCUCCAGCACUAUGAGCGACGGGGCCCAAACCAUGAUUGAACAUGGCAGCACCACGCUGGAGUCUGACCUCGGCACCAUGGUCAUCAAUAGUGACGACGAAGAGGAGGAGGAAGACCAAGGUUCAAUGAGAAGGAAUGCUACUCCCCAGCAGCCCAUACGUCCUUCCUUCAUGGACUACUUUGACAAGCAGGCCUCCAACAAGGCGGCUCAGCAGCAGGAAAUCUACAACCGCAAUCAGCCGCCAGAACAGCCCGGCUACCACAUCCAGUCCAGAAAUGUCUUUCCUGAUAACUGGAAGGUCCCUCAGGAUGGAGACUUUGACUUUUUGAAGAACCUGGACUUUGAGGAGCUGCAGUUGCGCCUCACUGCCUUGGAUCCCAUGAUGGAGCGGGAGAUCGAGGAGCUGCGGCAGCGCUACACCGCCAAGCGGCAACCCAUCCUGGAUGCAAUGGAUGCUAAGAAGCGAAGACAACAGAACUUUUGAGGGCUCUCCCAAUCCUUCCUCCCCUUCCAAAAGCCAGCAGCAAACUUCUGUCCCAGCAGGAGAACAAAGACCACCAUGUUGUUCUUACUUAGAUCCUCUCUAAUGUCCGACAAACUGCUAACUGGCCUCUGAAUGAAGUUAGAUGCUUUUUGUUUGUUUGUUUGUUUGUUUUUCCCUGGAUUACGUCUGUUUCUCUGCAAUUGCUGUGAAGCUGUUUUCUGGUAAACGCUGAUCAGGACUGUGGGCAAAAAAUAGAGAAGUGACCCCGAGGCCAUCUUAAAAAGGAAUUUCCUCUUUUCUCAGUGAACUGUUAGGCUUGGAGUCAGCAUCAGCACAUAAUGAAGUCAGUCCUGCAGCAAGAGCAGAUUUAAUGAAGUGCUUUUUUUUUUUUUCCUUUUCUUUUCUUCAGACUCUUUACUUCUAAUGUAAAUAUAACACAGAGCCUAGUUUGGAAAUGACCUCCAUUAGAUGCUGUGGAGGCUCGACUAUGACCAAAGACAAUCAGAAUUAUGCUGACUUUGAGAAUGCCUUAAAAUAACAAGCAAUGUAAUAAGACACCAAGUAACGGGACGUUUGCACCAUAUUCUGGUUUGGAGGAAACUAUUGAAGCUGUAAGGGAAACGACAUGGUCAGGUUGCGUACCACAGAACGUCAAACUUAUCAGUCUUUAUGAUCAACUUCUUGGGUUUGUUUUAGUUUUCAUGUUUGGCUUUUUGUUUUUUUGUUUUUGCACCGUCUGCUUUACCAGACUUCAUGUAUCUUAGUGCCUCGUCGGUCAAACACAUCGUCCUCUUAGUUCACAGGGAUGUUCUGCAUUCAAAGUCGGAGACUUUAUUCUCCGAAUUGAUCCAGAUGAAGGAUGACUAAACUGUAAAAUAAAACUAUUUGUUGAAAAAUCUUUUGAAGUUGUUAAAUUAUUAGAUUUCAGAUUCGUCUCAGAAAUUGGGGUUAAGACGCAUCAACUAAAGCAAAGCCGUCAGAUCUAUCACAUCUAACUACAACGAUUACAUCUUAAUUUCUCGUUUCAUUUUUCAGAUUUUCCCUGCAGCAGUAGCGCAUGGCUACAUUUUGUUUGUCGAAGGAAUACAGUGUUAGGGUAAAAUCCUCUUUUCUUUUUUUUUUUUUCUUUUUUUGAAACAUUUUGUUGGCGCACACAUAUUCGGCUUCCUUCUGUAACAAACUAGCUGUGCUUAAAAACUAAGAAAAAUUUGAUAAUCCUCAAACUCUGCAGAAGUUAUUGUCCUUUUAUCAAGCGGGUGGGCAGCGAUGCAUUCACUCUAUAUCUGUAAAACAUCUCGCAGUGACGAGUUGUGACACUUUAAAAGCUAAAUUGAUGGUAAAAUAACGUUAGAGAUCAGAAUCAACAGAUUUUUUUAUAAAUAUGUAUUAUAAAUUUAUUAACAGCAUCAAAACUAAUCUUUUCAGUUUAUAAAUGAAUCAACAAAUAAAAUAAAAUAUGCAAAUAUCAUUUACAAUUAAUUGCAUUCUCUUCCUGAUAGUUUUCAGUCCAAUUCCCUCAAGUCUAUUACAUUGUAAUAAACUGGUUAUGUCACCUGGGAGCAACUGCUGCACUGACACUCCAUCAGGCUAAUAGCCUUUCAGGAUGCAAAAGUAUGAAUUCAUUACACCUAGAACAAAUAUUUCAUUUUAACCAAUCCUCUGAUAUUAAUGGCCUCAAUACAACGAUAUUUUCUUCACCUUAUCGAGUUCCUACGACACAAACGGUGAUGAAGUGAUUUAUUUUUUUUCCCCUACUGGAUCUCUGCUGCAGUGAUAUGUAACUGAUUAAAUUUAAACUGAAUUUUGACAUUUUCAGGCUCAACUCUCAAAGCGAUAUCAAAAAUCCAAGCAUACCUGGUGAUUUGAAAACUGUUAACACCUUUGAUCCCUUAAAUAAGAAGCUGUCUUUUUAAAAAAAUAUAUAUUUGCCUUUUUCUCUAUUUUUCAUGUUAAUGACCCUGAAUGAACUAACCCUGUAUUAAUAUCUUGUACAUGUUUUUGGUUUUUUUUGCAGGUUUCUGUUACAUAUGAAUGUGGAUCGCCUGUUUACUUUGAAUAAACAGAUCUGUUACUGUGUCUCACUGACUUAUCUGGAAUAAGCAGACGGUAUGAACAGGAUCAGUACUGUAUCAUGUGAAACAUAUCUGCUUCACAAUUGUUUUCCUUCUAAUUGUCAAGAAUUAAGUCAUUUGUAAAUUGUCACCUUUAAAUUUUAGGGCCUGGAGUCUGCGCCACAAUAAAUUGCAUAGGAAUAUGAUUCUCCUGUGUUACCAUCUUUUAUUAUUGUUUAUUAAAUGUGAUCUUAACUGGUGAAA